AUGCGAUUUGUGAAUUGUAAGGGUGUAUAUGUGUUGGAGCAACUUGGAGCGGAUGUUGAACCAGGUGCCAAAGAGACAAGUGCGAUGUAUCGUCGCCAGUUAAGCAGUGUAAAUAAACAACCCCAUUUCGAACUUUCUUCAAAACAGAAUGGAUAUGCUGGACUCGGGAUGACUGCGAAGAUGGCAACGGUUCGAAAGAACAAAGAAGGAUUCACUCCAAGACAAGUCAAGGCUGCAAUGGAAGCGAGAAGUGCGAUGCACAUACUCAAUGCUCCGAGCACCAAAAGUCUGAAGUAUGCGAUCCGAUCUGGUCUCAUCAAGGACUGUCCUAUCACUGAAGAAGCGAUCAACCAUACCAAAGCAAUCUUUGGACCUGACGCAUCUACAUUGAAAGGCAAGUCAACAAGACCAACUCCGAAGAAGACACAUGAUGACUUCUUCAGUCCACCAGAGGAAUUGUACCAACACAAUCGAACAAUUACCGUCUGUAUUGAUCACAUGGAGAUCGGAGAUGCAAAGUUACUCACCUGCAUUGAUACCACUGUGAGUUAUCGCUCAUGUAUUCCCAUGCAGAACCUCAAGACUGACCCUGUAUUUGACGCAUUGGAUAAGAUAUUCCGCCGCUACAAUAAGGCAGGCUUUCAUGUCAAGACGAUCAAGUGUGAUCGAGCUUUCAUCCCUCUGACGGAUGAUAUGCUAGAUGAUAUGGGUGUUACUAUUGACCCGACUGCAGCUGGAGACCACGAGCCUACAGCUGAGCGAAACAAUCAAACCCUGAAAGAGAGAGUUAGAGUAGCUCUUGCACGAUUACCCUACAAAGUGGUACCAAAGGUGAUCACUGAAUGUCUUGGACGUUGA